CCGAGCCUACGACCCGCCGCGAGUCGCCGCGCCGCCGCGGCCCGCUCUCCCACCAGAGAAUAACAGAAAACUAGCACCGCAAGCGUCCGCGAACACCCCACGCUCCACACUAAUGCUGUAACUGUGAUAUUUGUACAAAACUCCGCGUUCCGUCACUCAGCCGACGCUGGACCAUGCGGGUACACAACGUGAGGAACGGAUCCGUUUCCCAGCCUCCCGCGACACGCGCUGCCACGCUGUGGAGAUGAGAGACGGUCAGAGUGUACCUGAUACAUGUACAAAGAUGUUCGAUAUGUCAAUUCAAGAAGUGAAUGGUAAAGGACCUAAAAAGAGGAAAAAGUCGUUAGAGCGUAUCUGUGAUAAUGAGGAGCGUGGGGCUGAAGUGUCUGGGGAGAGCGUGCCGGAGGAAAACCGGGCCACCGCCAGCGCGAGGGAGGAGUCAGGCAGCGUGCAGCUGCUGCACUGGCGGGACAUGCCGCAGCACCUGCAGUUCAACCCGUACGUGCUGACCGGCUACCGUCCGCUGCAGAGCUGGGCCGGCUGUGUCGGCAGCCUCUUCUACUUCCACAACGAGACCAUCAACAUCCUCACGCAUGGAGUCUCCCUCGUGUACAUAUUGGUGGUACUCCCAGGGUUGCUUCCUUGGCGAAGUGGGCCUGGCGCCUGGUUCCUAUCAAUGUGCCACCUCCUUGGAGCCCUGGCGCCCUGGUGCGGCUCCUUCCUCUACCACCUCUUCAUGAACCACACGCGCGGGGAAGAGCUGUACCAUCGGCUGCUGCAACUCGACAUGCUUGGCAUAUGGGUCAGUCAGAGCAUAGGAGCGAUCCCAAUGGUGACGGCGACAGUGUACUGUGCGCCUGCGCCGCUGCGGUACCUCGCACUCGCAGUCUACAGCCUCGGCAGUCUCAUCGGACUCUAUAAGGCGAUGCGCGCAUGGUCUCCAUGGGAGCGACGGCUGUGCUUCGCAGCUCCAUUCUGCAUGCGCGUGCUGCUGGCCGGCGCGCGCGCAGCCCGGCUCGGGGGCGGCGACCCGCACGCUAUACUGCACGUCUUUUUGCAGGAUGCAGUAUCCCUGGGUGGCGGUGUGAUCGGUGCCAUGCAUAUACCGGAGAAGUGGUUCCCAGGCACGGUGGACCGCUGCCUCAACUCGCACAACAUCAUGCACGUGCUCGUCGUGCUGGCCGUCUAUUCCAUGCACCAGGUUACAACGCGCGACAUAGAAUGGAUGUCGCGCGUCGACUGCCGCGCACCGCUGCGCACUCUCUGACGCUCAGCGCACGCCUCGCCGCAUCAACUCGCGUCCUUUGCCGCGUCAACCCGCGUCCACACAUCGCCUCCGUCUACUCAACUUUACUCACUUCUACUCAACUCAUGCACGCUAACUUAAGGCUUCCUAACUCGCUAUUCGGACUUGGACUACUAUCAUUUUAGAAUCGUAAGACCAAAGGAGCCAACUAUUGAUUGAUUACUCGAGAAAUGAAGAUAUCGCGAACUCACUUUUAUUAUUUGAAAAUUACUUAUUACUUAUUGGCUACAGUGACUGGAAUAAUAACAACUAAAACACUGGCAAAACUGAACAAGGAAGUACUUUUACAAGAAGCUAAAUACAUUGGUACAAUAUAAUAUUAUACCUACGUAUAAAUACUUUGUAAGCAUAAAUUAAUCAUCCACUAAUAUAAAUAAUCUACAAUGUGAUGUCGAUCCCAGUGUAUAACAAAAUAAACGCCCAAAGCAAUUUUUUUCAUUUCAACUUAUAGAACUUGGCUCGAAACAAAUAAUUAGGAAGUCUUAAAAUCUCGUAAGUUGCAAUAUAACACAGUGUUUAUUAAAUAAAAGUCAGUCUUCCGAACUCUUGCGUUAAGGUCGAGUUUAGAAAGAUAAAGUAUUAAGCGUGGUCCUCCAAAUGUCUUCGUGAAACAAUAAUAAGUUAUUUUCCAUGAAGGAAAAUUGUUCCAGGAGCACGUUAGUUUUAGAUACUUGGACAUCUGACAAGACGAUUAGAUGCCAAAAUAAGAUGUGCAAGAAAUCUUCCUAUUAAUAUAGUUAUCAUUUGGUCUUAUGGAAUCGGCUGUAGCUUAGUCAAUAAUGUAGUACUUAAUUAGCGUGAUGCCACUGACGACGUUACGCUGGACUAGUGUCAGACAUUCGUAUGCUAACAUAUCUACACCUGCUAUAACGAUGCUCACAUAAUAUAACUAAGCAUUUAUACAGGAGAGACAAAUAUUGUUAUAAUAUCGCCUCACCAACAAUGCACCUGCUUUAAAAAACAGUGAACACAAAAGACAAACAAAAUACUAAUAUUCACCCAGUUUAUCUGGUACACUGCUAUACAACAUUAUAUGUUAAUGUUGUUCGAAACCUGAUUUGCGAAGAAAGCAUUGUAAUUUGUCAUAGUUGACAGCACGUCCAAUCUUCAUUAAAUCUGAUGAAGAUUUACUUCGAACUAACUUUAAACGAUACGUAUUCAAUAGCACGUAUUUUGUAUCGCAGUCAGAUUUCGUGUCACUACAAGAACAUUAAAUAUUGCAAUCAAAACAGUUUGAAAUUGUCAAAGUGCCUUCUCAGAAAACAAAACAUGGCAGUUGCAAUAUGUCUUGCUAAUCGAUCCCAAAGUAAAUUAAACCAUGCAGUUUUAUGUCAUCGCCUUAGACAAUGGGGCUUCUAGUACGGACCAUAUGGCAAUUUUGAAAAAGAGCACACAUAAAACUUUUACCAUACAAGAACAAUCUGAUAAAAUGUACCAACUGUUUUUUUUUGUUGAAACUACGUUAUUAGAGCAUCUGACUGUUUUACAAAAUAGAGGUAAAGCAAUCGUGUUAAAAACAACGUUGAUAGCAGAAUGAAGUCGUACUCGUUAGUUGACAAUAUUGCGGCCUACACAUAAUAUAGUAUUAAAUUAAAACGAGACGUCAUUAUGGUUGGAGACAGAGAGUACCCGUAAUGUACCACAAGAUGGACGGAAACCAUUUAACAAUAACUAGGUAACUACACUAGAUCAGUUAUUAAUAGUUAUAAUAAUUAGUGCGAUAAGUUAUCGAACGUAACAGUUAUUUUAAUGAAACGAACACUUCAAGAAUCUUAGUAAGCUUACGAGAAUAGUUAAAUUAUUAUAUUGGAUUAUAACACGUUUUUAUAGACUAGGUUUAAGGAGUUGUAUUUGCAUACUCGCUUUUAAAUUCGCGAAGAUUGUGACUUUGCUGAGAGAUAGACGAGACAGGACAGGGUUGCUGAGAGUGGGGUGCAAUAUUAACACUAGCUUUAAAUAAAUUUCUCCACCUGCUUAAUUUUCAAGAAGUAGCCAUCUACACGUUUAAGUGGUUCACUCCUGCUAGUCAAUACUUACACUAUGGUACUUUAGCGCAUAAAUAUAAGGCAUUCCACUCUCAGUUACCCCCACACCGUUCUUUCAAUCUAAAUCUACUUUUUAUGUAUUUCUAUCAAAAUUCUACUUAUCUAUAACAAAUAUUUAUAACUCAAAUAUCUAACUCACUUCUUUUCGUCCUUGAAAAUGUAAAUGUGAAAACAAUUGUGCAUUGAAUAUUUGCCAAAAAUGUGAUCAAUACUUAGCGGAAUUUUAUAGUUAAAUUAUUACAUGAUUAUUAUUAUUGUAUAGGUAAUUUUCUCAACCUUGUGAUUACUGCUUUUGGGUUUAGAAAUAAUAAAAAUUGUCGUGGACGCCAGUGACGUCUUGAAAUACAGUUAAAAGUUGAUAUUCAACAUUAUUGACAAUCAACAUGAGUCAAUGUUUUAAACAUUUGGUCAAUUUAUUUGUUAAACAUAUCAAAUUAGGAAAAUUGAAUUAUUCAUAAAAGGUCCUGAAACAAGACAAAAAUUAAACACUCAAAAAUCAGUUACUUAAUAAAACUGCAAGUAACCAUUGACAAACUAUUGUAAACUGUAAACCAUUGAUUUAUUGAAACCAGUUUAUAAUAUUGAGAAUAGGAUUCACUAUCACAAUUCUAAUAACUUUAACCUUGAAAAGUAUUAUUUUAUUUAUUUAUUCUAAGAUGAAUCAAAAUAUGAUUGCCAGAACUUUAAGUUCGAAACUAAUUGGCUACAUAUUACAUAAAACAAAAAUAUCAGAUAAUAAAUGACAGUAUCUAUAUUUUAGUUAUGUGUGUGUUUUUAUUGGACAGAACUAGUCACAUUUAAUACGAAUGAACAUAUAAUUAAUGAAUCGUUAUUUGUUGAGAACAUCACUUUUGUUUAACCUGUCACCUUUACAGAUAGUGAAUCUCAGUCCACUUGUUUACAAACGAUUUAAUACAAGUGCCCUUUAAAACAUGUUCUUAGUCGGUCUUUCGUGGAUUAAAAAAAAAGUUGUUUGAGGAAAAAGUAAAUAUAUAUCAAUAACUAAAUUUGUGUUGAGGAUAAAACUUGAGUCUAGGCUACAAGAAUUUGUAAAUAGCUAAUUGUUAUUUUGAAUUAUUAGUCCCUUUGAUAUUACAAACCUGAAAGUAAAAGUUGAACAAUUAUUGUCUUUUGCUGAAACUUUUAUAUCUCUGCUAAAUAUUUGUAUCUCCUUCAUCUCGUCCCUGGCUAUGUAAGUAUUGAGUUUUGUUGUUACUAGUAAACUCCUGUAUCUAUCGGUGACCAAUUGUUGCUAUAUUUUUAUAUUCUCGGUGUUGUGUGCUUUGCCGCUUGUAUACAAAGGCAUCGCGAGUCAAGUUGAGAUAUAUUCUCUUCCACGACCUCUCUUAGAGUCAGUUUGUUAGUUUAAUGACCUAGUGUAAACGUAGCGACGGUAGUUAGGUAGUUUACGAGCAAUAAAUACACGACAAUUGUUACGAAAUUUGACAAAAGUAGUCGAGUAAAUGUUCAACACGAAACGAAUGCAUACAAUUUUUACACAAUAACUUAUUGUUGAUGAAAAUUUUUAACGCAUCUUUUUGAUGGCUUUAAUGUUCUACUUUUGUCAAAGUUCUUUGUUCUAAUUAAUUAUUUAUUAAACGAAGUAGUGUUUUAGACGAAACGAAGUGUACUUGAAGUUUUUUACUAGUGGUUGUCGACGAGACACUUCCGUUGUCUCCUGAGCGUGUCCGAAUGGCGACGGCGGCGGUAGUUCCGCCUGCGUCUACACACCCUCGACAGACACACGUACCCUGCCAUAUUUUGCAACCGAAUAUAAUGAGUACUUUAAUUUAUAUUUUUGGAGUACGAUAUUUCAACUAGACACAUAUUUACAAUUACAAUACCACAAAAGUUUAUUUUUCUGUGAAAUUACACCAAAAACGACAAAAGAGUAGAAAAGACUUCACGAAUAUUUUUAAAUGAAUUGAUUUCUACGACUUCUACACUCCACAGGCAUAGGUCCAUGAGUAACGCUGGAAGACAAGACUACUGAUUAAUGCAAUUAUAUUCGAAGAGGUUAAAUUAUUGGAAAAUGGAGUGUAUAGUCGUAUAACAGAGGUGUUAUUUUAUCUUAGCAAUCAAAUGAGUUUGUUGAAUAUUUGACAUAUUAAUAUUAGAUACUUGUAUAAUUUGUAACUGUUUACUUGCCUAAAUAUCAAUUAUUUACACAAAAUCAUAAUGACUAUUGGAAUCACGUUUUAUGAAUAGUUAUUUAGGCGAGUUAUGGCGUCAGCCGUUGAAAUAACUAUUUAAGGAUUAAUUAGGUGUACACUGUGAGUAAUGGAGGCUGUGCUAAGGAGGUGACAGUCGGAGAUAGUUGCACGUAGCUUUCCGAGGUGAUAGGGAGUCGGAGUGACUGGGAGGAGAAGCUUUACAUCCAUAGCUCCGCGAGUGGACAGCAGACAGCUGGGCACUCGUCGCCCUGUGUUAUUAUUUAUAAAUAAAUAAUUUAGUAAAUUAACGAUGCAAUAAUUUAUCACCCUCUAAAUUAAGUUAUUCAAUAAUUUAGUAGUCGUACCUAUAGAGACGUUGGACAUUCCUGAUUUUGUAGGAAACUAAGAAAAUAAUGUCACGUUAAUUUGUAAGAGUUAUCGUCGGUAGGUGAUACUAAUGAGCAAUAUGACAGUAUUUAAUACUACAUAACAUAAUUAUUAUGAUUGUUUACGAGGUUACUUUGUGACAACGGACGUUGCGCGUAUUUGCACUUAUCUUGAAAUUAUUCAUAGUAAUUGAUGAUUAUAUUAUUGGUCAAAAUUCUCAAGCUGUAGACGUUGAAGAGAUUAUUAAAGUUUAUUUGAAUUCAA